AUGAGGCCAUCUGGCUUCGUCUUCUCGACGAAUGCCUUGGAUGGAUCGAUGAUCUCACAAAAGAGAUUCGAGCAAUCACCACAAAUCCCAUCAUCGCCCGUUCAACAAAUCCCACGAUCCGAACAGUUUGGAGUGAAGCAAGCCCCACUCCCAUCCCCAGUACUCCCUGUGGCUCCACCAUCGAUCCUAAAAUGCGCUCAAUGUGGUCAAGGCAUGUUGCCGGAUGAGCAAACCGACUGCCCAAUGCAGAACAUAGUAGACUGUGCUGGGACGGACACUCUAUGCUUUACAAGACAAAUCAUGAUUGGGCCUGGCCAAAACGCGGUGGAGAAGAUGUGCGUGAAUGCGGUCGUGUUACAAAAUGAAUAUGGAGAAGCGGCAGUGAAGGGAGGGUGUGCAGAGGCGCAUCAAGGAAAGGUUCGCUAUUGUGUUUGCAACACAAACGAGUGCAAUCGAGAUCCGAUCCUCAAACAGAUCUCAUCUAAAUCUAAACAAUCAGCACCAGUUCAACCGAUAGUAAGCUCAAAUGAGAGAAUGGAAAGCGCCGAGAUCCCACCUAGAUUUUCCAUUCAACGGAUGCCGGAGGCUCCGUUGAUUCCAAUUCAGCCAAUCAAUCAACCCGAAACUCCAACAAAACCCGCGUCAGUCUCAUCCGCGUCUCAACCACUGAACAAACUACAGCCAGUACCUGAACUUCCAAAACCGAUCAAACCAGCAAAUGUGAUCGAUGUUUCGAAGAAUAUCAUCACGUCUUCAGGAGAGGUUUCACUUCAUUGUACAAUGUGCUCCGAAAUGGAGAACACCGAUCCAACAGCUGAUUGUAAAAAUCCGGUCACUGUUGACUGUGCAAAGAGCAACGGGGACACUGAUCAAAACUAUUGUAUCACGAAGCAGACACAAUUGGCUACUGGUUUAUAUACUCUCGAAAAGAAAUGCACUUCGAAAGAAGAGUUCCAGACAGAAUUCCCGGAAGAGAAGAUGGAAAGCGGAUGUGGAUCGGCUUUCGAUGGACUCGUCAAUUUCUGUAUUUGCACUGGAGAGAUCUGCAACAAGAAAACCCUAUUCGAACAGACACAAAUCUACAAAGAAAUUCUGGACGCAAGCGAUGGAAAAGGACUUGAAGAGAGCAAUGACGAGAAUGAAGAAGACAAUUUGGGCAAUGGCAACAAUCUGCCUAGACAAGAGUUCGGCGGUUUUGUGCAAAAAGGUCCAGUGCCCGAUUCGAUUGAUAUUCGAUCGGAAUUGGAUCAACUCAAGGAAAAGGAGAGACAAUCUGUUGAUAUCACUGGCCUUCCCAGCGACGAUCUUGACGCUCGUCAACGCGAAUGGGCGGCAAAAGAAGCCGAACUCGCCAAAUCCCAAUCUACAGUAACUCUCUCGCUUCUCAUUCUCCUAUUUUGUGCUCUCCGAUUACUG